UUUUAUCUGACAAAGAGUUGACUCUGUAUAUUGCCUCUGUGAUGAGGUUUUACAGGUUGUUUGGUUCACGGCACUCUUUCCGUACGUCGUGUUAGGCGUGCUGUUCAUUCGUGGAAUCACACUGCCAGGAUCCGAAAUGGGCAUCGACUACUAUCUGCGGCCUAAUAUCGAAAUGCUCAAGAAUCCAUCGGUCUGGCAGGAUGCUGCAACACAGGUCUUCUUUUCGUUGGGUCCAGGUUUUGGCGUUCUCAUGGCUUACUCAUCCUACAAUGAUUUCCACAACAACGUUUACAUGGAUGCUCUCAUCACAAGCGCCAUCAAUUGCGGAACCAGUUUUCUAUCAGGGUUCGUGAUUUUUUCGGUACUGGGGUAUAUGUCGUGUAAAAGUGGCAAGGCAAUCGACGCAGUGGCUCAAGAGGGACCUGGCUUGGUGUUCGUCGUCUAUCCAGAAGCACUGGCAACAAUGCCUUGGGCUCCAGGAUGGUCCGUUCUCUUCUUCCUUAUGCUGAUGACACUUGGUCUAGACAGCUCAUUUGGUGGAUCAGAGGCGAUCAUUACGGCUUUGUCAGAUGAGUAUCCGAUCAUCAAACACAAUCGUAAGGUGUUCAUAGCAUGUCUCUUCUCCUUCUAUAUGCUCGUCGGCUUUUCUAUAUGCACUAAGAAAGAUGAGGGAGGCAAAAUCCUGAAGUGA